AUGACAAGAAAGACCACUCGUUCGGCAUCCAACAUCUCCAGCCAACCAUCUUUUACCGAUGCUGCGCCUGAGGUGUACGCUUCGUACGAGCGUCCAUUUCUAAUGGUCUUUGGCUUGUCACGAGAAUUCUUUGAUGGUCUAAAGAAGCACCAUGGCAAACUACCCAAACAACGCAGAAAUCUCGACAACGCUGAACAGGAGUCCCCAACAUCAGAUGAAGAAUCUGAAUCUGAAGCAGAAGAAAGUGCAAACGAGAGUGAGGAAUCUGCUGACGCGACACCCACUGUGUCUCAUGCCACGCCAAGAGGCCGAGGCCGUGGUGGGCGCGGAGGACGCGGAGGACGAGGAGGGCGAGGAAGAGGUGCUCGCGGGAGAGGAAGAGGAGGCCGAGCUCGUGGAGGCAUGGUUCGAGCUGCUUCGCCCAUCCGAUCUCGUCCAUUGCGCACAGCAGCUCCCACGUUUCCGCUCACAGAAGAAGACGAUGGUCCGUCCAAUCAGACAACGCCAAACGGCGCUAAGCCCUCCCCCCAGCCUAACGAGGACGACCUCGUGACCGAGGAAUCCGAAUUGGCCAACUCCCACGACCUUGGAAGCGAAGAGGAUGCAGACAGUGAUGUCGAAGAAGAGUCUAUAGGGAGCGCGCACUUGGAGUCGAUGACUCCAGCUGGUUCACCCCCAUCAUCCACUACGCCCCAUGGUUCUCCUCCCGAAGGUUUACUCAACGCUAUACUGGACGGCUCAUACACUCCUUCGUUGGCUGCAGAGUCUCGCACUAAACCAUCAUCGAGGUCUACAACGAAGACAAGGGUCCCGAAGAUCUCUUUCACAGCGAUCUCAGCAUCUCAAACGCCUCGGGAGUCAGCCUCAACACCAGCAGAAUCUGCUGCGGUCAAACGGCUCAAUCCCGAGGACGACAUACUCACCGAAGAGGAUCUCCCUGGCCCUUGGGUUCAUGACGUCAGCCCACAAGCCUUCGAUGACUGCGAAGAUCUGGCCGACUAUCUUCUGCAGCGGAAAUUUGAGGCGAUGCCCGAUGUCACCAAAAUUAUCGCAGCUUUCAACAAAUUCUCAGCCUCUCAACGAAGCACCAAAAACUUGUAUGCACUGGCCGAGAACGCACAGUACAUUCUCAAAUGUUGGCAGGACGAGUACCUGGAGUUGGAUGCGCGAACAGCGCCCCACAUGCACCCGCCAAAAAAGGCCUGCAACAGUGGGCGUAUCCCCGUGGCACCGCAGUUGUUCGAAGAUGCGAAAGAGGCAGAUUUAUAUGGCUACACCUUCGAUCCCAAGAAACCGCCAGGGUGUCAAGACCCAUGGGUUCAACGUCCGGGGGCCGAAAAAAGCGGCGGUCGAGAGCUCCGAACACGCCGUGCGCGGGACAUGCUGGAUUCUGCGGCUCCGAGCGAAGAGGAUGAGGAGGAUAACGAAGGCCGCUUAUCGAGGCGACAACGGAAAGCGCCUCGCAAAUUCGAUGGCACUGAUGCUGUGACAGGAGCUACAACUCCAAAGAAACAUAAUGGGUGGGGUGGCGCCCGGAAAAAGGGCGUCAGCAGAUUCGCCAUGCCUGCAUCCGAAACGCCAGAGCCUGACAGUAGGCCAGUCAAACGCGCCAGAACUGCAGCGGCUUCGGCUCUACAUCAGCGCCUCGUUCACGAAAGUGUGCGUGAGGGCUCAGUAGCCACAACAUCCGGUGAUGAGGGUUCUUCAACCAUGGACGUUGAAGAGUACACGGAUGCAAGCACAAAACGCGGGCGACCGCCAGGAAGCAAAAACACAGGGCGGCGUAGUGAUUUUGGUAUCAAGAAGGGGCCACGGAAGAAGACCAGCGAAGUCAAUACACCAGUACCAUCAGCGCACGGUCCGAAUGCUCCACCCCCAGCAUUGCAGUCGUUGAGCGCAGGUCAAGCUACACCGCAACCUGCAGCUACACAAGAGGGUACGCUCGUACACCCAAGUGAGUCGAGCACACCAGAUGCUUACAUGAUCACUGCUCCAUUAAGCCAGUACACCAACAAUCAUGCCGAGGAUUCUAGCCCUGCAUCUGGAUCGAGACGGAAGCCGCGUGUCAAGAGUGAAAAGCGGAGUCAGUCGAUGACUAUCUGGUGGGCUGAGCGUAAAGCGCGCAAGAAAGAGCAAGAUGAGAAGGAAGGCAGGCCUGCAAAACCACCAACCUCAAGAUCGAACUCUUCAAGCGGACGGCGAGGUGGUCGAGCAGCUGGAGGGCCGAGUGCGACAGCAACGCCCGCAUCGACCCCUCCAGAAGCGCAGCGACCUUCUCUCAUGCACCAUCAUCAAGACCACUACCCGCCAGACGCCUAUCCUAUGCAUGCACACUUGCCUCCACUAUCAGCUCCAUCUCCGCAUAUGAUGUACGCUUCAGCGCCGUUACAGCACCCUAUGAUGUUGCAGUAUUCUCCGCUUGCUGCUCUCCCUUCUGGGACAUUUCCGGGAUACUCUGGCCCGCCAUCGCUUCAUGGACACCUUGGACCUCGAACACUUGCUCCCGCUCCACAGCAACUGCCCACCUACCCAAGUCCUUACGGGCCACAAAGCCCUGUUGGAUCCCGACCGAGGAGCAGCGGUCGUAACGGUCCACCACCCUUGGCGCCUGCACCGCCGCAGCACUAUAGUCCGUAUCCACCAGUGAGUAUGGGCAGGGAGAUGCCCUUCAAGGUCAUGGUACCGGGCCCUCCGCCUCACGAUGACAGAAGAGGCAGCCGUUAG